UUUAUUUGUUUUCUUUUGUUAUUUUUGAUUCUCGUAAAAUGUCAACAAUCUAUGUUGAUUUUCUAUCUAAAAAUCUAACUACAAAAUUGUGCUAAUUUAAAUACGAGAAAGGACGCAGUUAAAUAGCGAAAGGACAACUGUUGGGGAGCAGCAGGAUCUACCGACAGGAUGAAUAUGAUCUUCAAUCGCUUGCCAUGGCUUAAUUGCUUCAAUGGACGUCGCGAGAGCUGCGAGGAGCUGCUGCCAUUGAGUGAGUACAACAGGGAGCCGGUGAUCCUCAAUGUCUACGAUCUGUUCAACGUCAACGAAUUCGGGGCAGCACGAAUCGGUCUAGGAAUCUUUCAUACCGGCAUUCAGGUGUACGACAAAGAGUACACUUAUGGCGGCCACAGUUACUCCAACUCGGGCAUCUUUGAGAUAAUGCCACGCACUGCGGAGAUUGAGUUGGGAGAGCAUUUCCACUAUCGCGAGAGCAUUCAGUUGGGCUACACACAGUUCACCCGUGACGAGGUGAUGCGCAUUGUGGAACAACUGGGAUGUCAAUUCACAGGGAAUAGCUAUCAUUUGACCAGCAACAAUUGCAAUCACUUCUCGGACGCCAUGUCGCGCAUCCUGUGUGGCCAGCAGAUACCUAAGUGGAUAAAUCGACUCGCCUACUUCAUCGACUGUGUGCCCUUCCUGCAGCGUUGUCUGCCCACCGAGUGGAUGAGCCCAAUGUAAGGAGAAAUUUGCAAAGAUCUAGACAACAACUAAAAAACAAGUACAACUCACAUUACACUCGGAUAAUACUAUUUAUCACGAUGUAAGGAGAAAUUUGCAAAGAUCUAGACUAGAAUAAAAAGUACAACUUUUAUUACA